GAGCAUUUAAUAAACGUCAUAAUCAUUCCGUAAAAAGAUACAGAGAGCGCUCGCGUCAGCUUUGCUUUCGCCCCGUGUGUCCGCACGACGUCCGGUUUCCAUGUCACGUCAUAUCCGCACAAAUGUUGGUGGAGUACGUCGUGAAAGUAGUCAACGGCGGGUUCUGACAUUUAUUUGACUUUGACACCUUGAAUGGAUUAGUUUACGAUCCGGCUCGCUCGCGACGGCCUUUAAUCAGCUUCCCCGGGGCACCGGCUCAACCGUGCGUCGCGUGUGAGCGAGCUGGUCCCUUGUUUGCCUGGCAGCCUUAGCUUAGCUUAGCUGAGCUUUAGCCAUGCUCUCGUGCGGCGGCGACGGCGGCGCUGUUGUUCGUCAGCGGGACUCGUUCGGCUACUAAGCCGCCGGCCUAUCGCUCCGUCGCUCAACCGGCCGCGCCUCGGGUCUCCGCCGUGAUAUUUGAUCGCCGAUGUUGUGCGCAGACGUUCGGCUUUCGGUUGCGGCGUUAGCCUAGCCGCCGGGCGGGCGUCUUCUUUUCUUUGGAUUGCGCGCCGCGCCGAACCGGGGGAGAGGACCCGGCCCCUUUUGCUCGUGUCACUGCUUUGUUUUUGGUCGCGUUUCGUUCGUGCGAUGGCUUCGUCCUCCGGCAACGACGACGACCUGACCAUCCCGCGCGCCGCCAUCAACAAGAUGAUCAAGGAGACUCUGCCCAACGUGCGCGUGGCCAACGACGCGCGCGAGCUGGUGGUCAACUGCUGCACCGAGUUCAUCCACCUCAUCUCCUCCGAGGCCAACGAGAUCUGCAACAAGUCGGACAAGAAGACCAUCUCGCCCGAGCACGUCAUCAACGGUGAGGGAACUUCCGGUCGCCAUCGCCAACGCCGCGUCGUCGCUCGCUACCGUGUCCCCCCCGCCCUGAAGAGGAGGAAGGCCAGCUCCCGCCUGGAGAACCUCGGCAUCCCCGAGGAGGAGCUCCUGCGGCAGCAGCAGGAGCUCUUCGCCAAGGCGCGGCAGCAGCAGGCCGAGCUGGCGCAGCAGGAGUGGCUGCAGAUGCAGCAGGCGGCGCAGCAGGCCCAGAUGGCGGCGGCCAGCGCCGCCCAACAGGCCGGAUCCUCUCAGGAUGAAGACGAAGACGAAGACAUGUGAUCCGGCAAAGGAGGCGUUCGGGCACUGGUGCGAGGAGGGGGGCACGCCCGUGAGCACGGAUGGACAGUGCGAGCAAAGUCGGAGUCGUGCGGACUUUGAUUUCCUACUCCUCUAAAUUCUCUUUACGUUGUGAAUGUUCAGAGACCCCCCCCCCCCACUCCCCUUCUUGACGAAAACGUUGACGGGUCAGAAUUACUGAUCCACGCCGCCAAAAUUGGCUGACAGACUUGCAGCUGGCACGCUGUUGACGAUGUCAAUUGAGGAGGACGGUUUGUGUGUGUGUACUCGUUCAUUCCACCAACUUCAAGCAAUAAACUCUGUCUUUUUUUUACACCUCCA